UGCAGCACUACAGCUGGCGCACGCUAUGCCUCACAUUAGAAUUUGUUUUGUUGCGGAAUUUAGGUACUGAAAAUAACUUACGACUCAUUAUCAUGCGGUUUGCCCAAAUAAUUGUGGGCCCGGCAGGCAGUGGCAAGUCGACGUACUGCAGCUUAAUGCAGCAAUAUGCGAUGGACUGCAAGAGAAAUGUUCAGGUGGUGAACCUCGAUCCGGCGGCAGAGCACUUCACCUACAACCCGCUGACGGACAUUCGCGAUCUAAUCCACCUGGACGAUGCCAUGGAGGACGAAGAGCUGCACUACGGACCGAACGGCGGCCUCAUCUUCUGCCUGGAGUUCUUGAUCGAGAACCAGGAAUGGCUGAAGGAACAGCUCUGCGGCGGCGAGAACGAGCUGAUGGUGGGCGAGCCGGAUGAUGACUACAUCCUGUUCGACAUGCCCGGCCAGAUCGAGCUCUUCACUCACCUAAAGAUGGGCAGACAGCUGGUGGAACUGCUCGAGUCCUGGAACUUCCGCACAUGCGUCGUCUUCUGCUUGGACUCGCAGUUCAUGGUGGACGGGGCCAAGUUCAUUUCCGGCACCAUGGCCGCGCUCAGUGUGAUGGCCAACAUGGAGCAGCCGCACAUCAAUGUGCUGACCAAAGUGGAUCUGCUGAGCAGCGAUGCGCGGAAACAGCUGGAGAUGUACCUGGAACCGGAUGCCCACAGUCUGAUGGGCGAGCUGACCAUCGGGACUGGUUUUGGCGAGAAAUACGCAAAGCUUACGCAGGCUAUUGGCGCGCUAAUUGAGGAUUUCAGUUUGGUGAGAUUUUUCCCGUUGGAUUCCCAGGACGAGGAGAGCGUGGGCGAUCUUCUGCUACAAAUUGACAGUAUCUUGCAGUACGGCGAGGAUGCAGACGUGAACGUUAAGGACUUUGAUGAACCGGAGGAAGGGGAUCAGGAUUGAAAAAAAUCAAUUUUUCAUAUUGCUUAAGAAAAUGUACAAUAUUUUAUUUUUAAUAAAAAAUUAAAUCUAAUC